ACUCAAAAGCUUUUAUUUUUCCCCUUCUCCUCGGAGGAGAAGAGAAAGAAGAGAGAAAAGAAUCACAUUAUCUCUCCUCUACCCACAUUACCCAAAACAAACUCAAAGCUAAAUCCACGUCAUCAUCUUCUUCUCCUCAACCCUCUCUCUCCCACCAUUGCCGAAACCUCCUCUGCAUUUUCUCUUCACGCAUUCUCUCCGAUCACCUCCGUUCCCAAUUCAAUCCAAUUCCACGAUUCCACUUUCUUCUAGGGUUUUCCCCGCUUUCUCCCUGAGGUUUACCGUGUUUUUCACUCUCAAUGACACGCUCUACUGGAAGCGGUAGAACGGACGCUUUGCCGAGGCCUAUGGCCGCUGGAGUUUUCUCUCAAACUGUAGCAGAAGAUGACAAUGCUCGGCAGAAAUCAGCUGCUGCGUAUAUCUAUAGACAACUGCGUGAUGCAGAUGAAGCAAAUUUGCUUAGAGAAGAAGAUAUGCAUGUUUAUGGUGAGAGACCCAUGACUGAUCCCUUGAAGCUGGUGCGAUGCAACACUUGCAAGAAACCAGUCAAGGACAGCCAAUUUGCCGCUCAUGCAGAACUUUGUAGAUCAUUAAAGCUCACCGAACAAACUGGGUUGGAGCUUAAUGGCAACACAAGGAAUCGAAAACCUCCAAGGAAUGAUAAGAAAAGGUUAUCAGCUUCUUCUGCAGUUGGGAAGCGGAGAAAGUCUGAGGCGUUGGAUAACACUGACACUGUUGUGUCACAAUCCCACUUGAACAGUCAAAUUAGAGGGACUUCCUUUUCAAAUGAUGUUAAAGUUGGGAAGCGGAGAAAGUCUGAGGCGUUGGAUAACACUGACACUGUUGUGUCACAAUCCCACUUGAACAGUCAAAUUAGAGGGACUUCCUUUUCAAAUGAUGUUAAAGAUGUGGCGCCGACAUCUUUGUUGGAUGAUACUGGAGUUAGUCAUGGAAAUAGAGUUCUCCAAGCUUCAGUAAUGUAUCCUCCCGCUAAACAUCAUAAGUUGACGACAAGCACACGUACAGCUGUAAUAGAUGAACAUGGAACAGAGUCUGGAGUGUCAAAAGCUGCGAAUUUAACAAAUGGAACGACUCAUGCGGCGCCGGCAUCUAUGUUGGAUGAUACUGGAGGUAAUAGUGGGAAUAGAGUUCUCCAAGCUUCAGUAAUAUAUCCUCCAACAAAACGUCAUAAAUUGAUGCCAAGCACACAUAUAGCUGUAAUAGAAGAGCAUGGAACAGAGUCUGGAGUGUCAAAAGCUGUGAGUUUAGUAAAUGGAACCACUCGGAAAGAUACGACUGAAGAGAUUGUAUCAGAACAUGGAGAUCCUUUCCAUAAAAAUGUUCAGCAGGUCCAUAUGCAACACCAACACAUGAUGAAUAAUGAUUUUCCCGCACCCCUUGCCACGAAGAUAUAUUAUUCUCAAAGGACCAAUCGACUGCGUGCCGCUAUUCGUCAUAUGUACUUCGAGAAUUUGAGCGAGGAAGUAUGUGCUGAUGUUGAGUGUCCAAAGACAUCACAUGGAGAGAUGGUUGCACUGCAAGGUUCGUCUCAGGUGGACCCUUCAUUUGAGCAAAUGGACAAUGUGUUCAACAACGAGAGCCACUCGGGAAUGAUGUACACCAAAAAUUCUGAUGAUAUUCUUGCAAAAAGCUCAGAAGUUUGCUUGCUUAAAGCAGGAGGCGUGCCUAGUGAUGGCUUGCCAAAUCAGUUUUUUCUUGACAACGUUUCAAGGUCUGCAGCUACUCAUGUUGGUUUAACUAGAGGCAGUUUUCUUCCAAAGAAUUAUUCUUUUCCAAGCAACACAGGAAAUCGCCUGGAAACCCUGCAACAGCCAAAUGGGAGUGUUCCUGUUAUAUAGUAUCCUCGGUUGGAAAAUUUUGGAUAGGCGAAUGUACAGGUACCCAGUACAUUGAGGUUAGAAUUUAGCUCCUUUUAUGAAGCCUAAAAAGCACAUUACUCAAAUUGUUUAUCCUAGUCGUACAAUUUGUAAAUGAAAACUUCCAUUAUAUACCGUAUGGAAAUGAAGGAAAUUUUCAGUCUCUGUUCGAA